AUGUGGCUGGUGGAAUCCGUAUGGGGCGAGAGUAAGAGCCGAGUGAAGCGCCUUUCCUUGCCCGACUUUAACAACGACACCCUGACCCUGGCCAAAUACGUGGUCUCCAUUCGAUCCCGGACACCCGAGAAAUACUUUGGCGAUAACCACAUCUGUGGCGGAGGCCUAUUGACGCCGGACUGGGUGCUGACCUCCGCUCACUGCGUCAUGGACGAAUCGAAGACCAUGUUUAGGACGCGGGUGCUGCUGGUGGCGGCGGGAUCACCGAACCGGCUAAAGUUCGUCACGGGCAAGACGGUCUGCACCCCGGUGGAGGCACUGUACGUGCCAAUGAACUUUACCAUGUUGAACACGGACAACAUGGCGAUGGUGCGGCUGAAGUAUUCUAUGCCCACUGGGAAUCCCCGCAUUGGGUUUCUCGCUCUGCCCUCUGACCCCCCGAAGUUUGGCUCGAAUUACAUAGUUUUGGGCUGGGGCAGAAUAUACAAGGGAGGUCCCUUGGCCUCGAAUAUCCUACAGAUCGAUGUGCUUCUAAAAGACCAAGCGUACUGCGAGGAGAAAUUAAAGAGCUUCAAAUACGGCAUGAUGUGUAGCAAAAAUGACGGAAACGACUCCAGUCCAUGCUCCGGUGAUCUUGGAGGGCCGUUGAUCAAAGACAAUAUAAUGGUUGGCAUCGUCACCUAUCCUAUGGGCUGUGGAUCCUCGAUUCCCUCCGUCUAUACGGAUGUUCAGAGCAACAUUGAUUGGAUACGCGACACGAUGAGCACCUGCUCCACCAUCACCAUGAACAUCAUUUCAAUAUUCAUCUUCAUACUCCCGCUGUCAGUGGCUUGAAUGUCAUAGUCACAGCUUUCAGAUGAGAGAUGAUUCGAUGGAAAUAGAGACAAUGCCUGUCCAAGCAUCACACAGAACAGAA